AUGUGGGAGAGUUUCAGGGAUCUACUAUAUCGCAACCCUAAUCAUCGAUUUACUGAAGAUCUACUCAAGACUGGUCUUAUGCAAGAAAAACUUGCAUAUCAAAUCAAGGACAGCCUAAGAAGAGGGUGGUAUGAUGGGACCGGCCUGAACAAGGAUGAGUCGUGCAUCUUCCGAAAGUUCCGAGUUCCGUCAAAACAAGCGUGGAAUCCUGAAUCCCUCCCGCCUUGGUGGUGCCCACCUGUCAGCUUGUUAGCAUGCUCCAAUGCCCACUCGUACAUUACUCCGCACUCAGUCUAUAUCAAACCGCCGCAAUAA